AUGCGUGCUUGGCGGGGGGGCGGGACGGCGGGAGGCACUUCGCCUACUGCUACCAAGGGCGAGCCGAAGAAGAGCGAUGAGCCCUCGGUGCCGCCCCGUUCUACGGGUGAUGGCGUAAAGGGUGGUAACACGGUGAGGGCGGGCACAAUGGAGUCGGCGUCCUUGCUUGCGGGCAACGUUCAGCGGCUGCAGUUUCUGAGGAAGAAGACGGGGGUUGAUCUCUGGGUGACGGUUUACUCCCUGUACGCUAUGGCCAUCCGGAGCGUCAUCUCGACCGUCGGCCAACCGCUGCGAGAUGCCACGGCGAGGAGGACCCGGCUUUUCGGGGCAGCCUCGGAUGAAGCUGCCGCAGCCGGGGCAUCAGCAGCGUCAGGCGAAGCAGCAGCGGCGUCCAUGCUCGACGGCACCGAAGGCGUUGUUGGUGCCGGUGGUGCCGCCGCCGAGGCCCUCGCCCGCGAAGCUCUCGAGCCCAUGCCGUUCGCCUACCUGCCGAGCGUCGGAGCGAUGCUGUUGCUUGCGGCGGCGGUGGCGGCGCACGUGCUGCUCCUGCUGGGAAAGAAGUGGUCCGUCCGAUUCCAUGCCUGGAGUGCGUUCGACGAGGUCUUGAGUUGGGAAGAAGCAGAUGCCGUCCUGGUCACACCCGUUAGACACACCGGGUCGCCAGCUAUCUGUCCCCUGGUAGGCGCGAAUCGCUUGCUGCGAGAUCCAACAGCAACAGAGGAGGGUUGGGAGUCGGAGGACGAGUCGCAGGAUGUUGAGGACGAGGAGCAGGCUGUGUCGUCGACAAACGAGAGUGGCGGAACCCCUGGGGCCACAAAACUGGAUGGGGACGGGGAAGGAACUGCGGGGCUAGGGGAGGAUUUGUCGUCGGAAGAAGGUUCAACACCAACCGAGUAUCUUUCGGAGGAGUUGGAGGAGGAGGAGGCAGGAAUAUCUGGGGUCUCGCGGAAACGCAAGGGUGCUGCAGCUGCCAGUGGUACUACUGCUUCUGCUACUGCUUCUACAACGGGUGCCGACGUCGGCGCCGACCCGCCGUCCUUCGUCUACCAGAGGCGGAAGUUUGUCCUGAAGCGUGCAGUGACUGUUGCUGCUCGGGGGAGCGACGGCAAGGGGGAGGACGAGAAGGAGGAGCGUGAGGAAGAGGAGGAGGACGAGGAGGAGGAGGAGGAGGGGGAGGGCAGUGCUAGCCGCGGAUCAGGGGACGAAGUGGCAGAUACUUUCGAACUGGUGGAGCUCCCGACACGGUGGCCGCUCGGACGUUAUCUCCAGGCGGGCGGUCUGACUCUGGAGGACGCCGUCACGAAGCUGAGAAUGUUCGGCGAAAACUCGGUGGACGUGAAACAGCCCACGUUCUGGCACCACCUGGCGGACCGACUCACCAGCCCGUUCGUCGUGUUCAAUCUCUUCAACCAGGUCCUGUGGAUGCUGGAGUUGUACUGGUUGAAGGCGCUACUGGCUAUCGGCGAGGUGAUUGGCGUGGAGGCUGUCUUUGUGGCGGACGCGGAACGAAGGAGGAGGCAGCUCGACAUUAGAAACUCCAACAAGCCGACCAAGAGGGUGAGAGCAUGGCGAGGGGGACAGUGGGUGCCCAUCCCCGUGUCGAGCAUGCUUCCGGGGGACUUGGUUUCGCUCAAGACAGGCGUCGUCGCGGUUGCCCCUGAGGGGUCGGAGGGCGGCGAUGGCCAGGAUGAUAAGAAGGGGCAAGACGAGGAGGCGUUUUUCGUGGGGGAGCUGCCGGCGGACGUGCUGCUGCUGAGGGGCACCGCGGUGGUGAACGAGGCUAGCCUCACGGGCGAGAGCGUGCCACAGAUCAAGACGUCCUUGACGUCGGAGCCGAUAGACUUUGAGGACGAGCUCGACAUCGCCGGGGGCGACCUGCGGAGGACCAUCGACUUCGGCAACCACGGCGUGCGCCAGGAGUCAAAGGACGCGGGAUUCCUCCUGGCUUUCCUGCUGACGUUCGCCGCGUUAUCGUCGGCCCAUGUGGUGCGGGAGGGCCUCAAGUCUCAAGCCGUUUCUGGAUUCAGGCUACUCGUGCAGGUGGACGUGUGCCUGUUCGACAAAACGGGGACUAUCACCUCGGACAAGCUCCGGGCAGAGACUCUAGUGACCCCACAGUCUCUCCGUCCCAACAGCCCCCCAGUAGCUGUCAGCCUGGGCCAUUCGGCCCGAAGCGGCGGGACUGCUGCCGGUUUGGAGCGACCGGGACUUGCGGCCGAGGCGGUGGUGGGCGGGUGCCACUCUCUCAUGGACGUAGACGGGGUCCUGCACGGAGACCCUCUGGAGGCAUCGGCGUUGGAGGGGAUACGCUGGAAGUGGGAUGCAUUAUCCCACACCGCCCGCCCCGACGAUGGCGAAACCGCCGUCUCUCAGAGGAGCGACGGCGGCGGCGGCAAGGGCGGCUGCGCUGAUGACGAAGACGACCGUGACAAGUCUACGGGCGGCCACAGGAGAAAGCCCGAGGGAAAGCCUGGCGCCAAGGCCGAGAAGAAGGGCGGCAGGAGAAAAACGAAGGCUAGGGGCGGAAGCGGAAACUCAGGCUCCGACGAGAGAGGGGUAGAGAAGGCGUCUGGAGACGGGAUUUCCGUCGCGGUGUGGAGGCGGUACGCGUUCAGCUCGCAGCUGCAGAGGAUGAGCGUGGUGGCCGAGAUCUACGGCGGUUCAGCCGGCCUGACAAACAAGGAAGGCGUGCCCGAGAACAAUAUCACCAGCGCUGGGCCGUAAGCUGGACGUUAUGCCAGCGAAAUGUGGCCGGUUCUCUCAUGCAAGCCGUGCGCCGGGCUUUCCCUUAUUUCCACUUUUUUCACUCCCCUCCCCCCCGGUGCAAUCUAGACUUCAGUGGGUUGGCGCUGUUGGCAAAGCGCUGUAAAACACGCCACCCCAAAUAUAGCCCCCAUAGUAUGCGCUACCAAAGACGCGUGACGCAUGGAUGCGUGGAGUGAGGAUUGCUUACGAAAACCUCACAGGUUGAGUGAUGUAGGAGAUUGCCGGACACAUAGACGUGUUGAGUGAUUAUAGCUGUAUACUGAAACCCCACGGAAAGGGGAGGUUUGAGAUUGCCAGACACAUAGACGGGUUGCGUGGGGAUAGCUGCUGGAACCCCACGGGUUGAGUGAUGUUGGAGUGCCGGACACAUAGACGCGUUGAAUGAGGAUAGACACAUAUUGAACCUCACAGGU